CAUUUUUCCACAAGUGCAUCCUCCAGUGCCUCAUUCUGUUGUUCGGAGGGAACGUCAAGAUGCUGUGUCGUGUUGCGCUGCUGAUCGCCGCACUGGCUGUCGCUUCGGCCACUGCCGGCCGCACUGAAUGGGACAAGGUUGACCGCGCAGACCGCGGGGAGCAUGUUCGCCUGAUGAUUGCUGUGAAGCAGGACAACGUGGACUGGCUGGAGCGCACCUUCCACGCCGUGUCCAACCCAGACUCCCCCGCCUACGGCAAGUACGUGACGCUGCCGGAGCUCUGGCAGAAGGUGCGAGGCAACACGGAGAGCGUGGCCCGCGUCACCGCCUUCCUCAAGCGCACGGGCAUGCCCUUCACCCAGACGCAGGACAAGGGCUUCUUCAUCGCCCACACCACCGUCGGCCAGGCAGAGUCUGUCUUCCAGAGCCCCUUCUUCGUGUUCCGCCACCGCAGCAACAACGCCAGCAUCGUCCGCGCCGAGCAGCACGCCGGCAGCAUCCCCGCCGAGCUGAGCGGCCACGUCGACUUCAUCAUCGGCCACAACACCUUCCCGCACGUGCCCCGCGUCCGGCCACAGCCCUCCAAGGUGGCUGCUGGCGCCGGCGACAGCAAGCUGCUUGGCGUGAACCCGCAGAGCAUCGACAGCGCAUACAACAUGCACGGCUACAAGGCGACCAACGGCAACUCCUCGCAGGCGAUUGCCUCCUUCCUCAAGCAGUACUUCAAGCCGUCGGACCUCGAGCAGUUCCAGAAGAAGUUCAACCUCCCCGUCCGCCCCAUUGCCAAGGUCGAGGGCCUGAACAUGCAGUCGCUGCCUGGCAUGGAGGCGAGCCUGGACGUGCAGUACAUUGGCGCCACGGGCCGUGACAUCCCCACGUGGUUCGUGAGCAUCAGCCACGAGGUGAACCAUGGCCAGGAGGACUUUCUCAUGUGGGUCAUGCAGCAGCUCAACGACACCUCCUCGCCAUGGGUUCACUCGGUGAGCUACGGCGAUGUUGAGGCCUCCAUCCCGCUCGACUACAAGCAGCGCGUCAACACGGAGUUUAUGAAGUUUGGCGCUACAGGCCGCAGCGUGCUGAUUGCUGCCGGUGACUCUGGUGUGUCCUGCAAUAACCGCGUCUUCAGCCCAGACUGGCCCACGAGCAGCCCCUACGCCACGUCUGUUGGCGGCACAGAGUCGGACGGCGCCACCAGCUGGAGCGACGGUGGUGGUGGGUUCUCCAACACAUACGGGCAGCCGCAGUACCAGACGAGCGCCGUGAACGCGUACCUCAACAGCGGCGUUGCCCCGGCCUCCUCCUACUUCAACGCCUCUGGCCGCGCAUACCCAGACGUCAGCGCCUUUGCAACAAACUUUGAGAUUGUGUUCCGCGGGGUGCCGAUGCCUGUGAGCGGCACGUCGUGCUCCACCCCGACAUUCGCCGGCGUCGUCGCCGCCCUCAACGACAUCCGCUUCAACAGCAACAGGCCCCCGCUCGGCUUCCUCAACCCGCUGCUGUACAAGUGGGGCGCCGAGAACCCGAAUGCGUUCAACGACAUCCAGCGCGGCUCCAACCCGUCCGGCCUCUGCCCGGGCUUCAAGGCCACCAAGGGAUGGGACCCUGCCUCCGGCUGGGGAUCACCCAACUUUGGCAUCAUGCGCACGCUCGUGUGAGCCAUCAUCACCAAGAAGAUGACCACCAACGCACGCUGAUGCAGUGAUGUGGUUUUCCCCACCUUAUCCCCUUCUCUCCUCCCUUGUUGUCUGUCUGUGCCAGCAUGCGUACGCCUGUGUGCAGGUGCAUGCGUGUUUCCAUGUGUGCGUUGGUUUCUACCAUUUCUCCCCACAAUUACACACUCCCUUUCCC